AUGAAGAGGAAGCGCGAGAGGCACCACGGCGGAUUUACCUUGGAGAAUAUCCCCCAUGCUGUUGCCAAUCCAACCAAGGGUGACCUUCUUUCUGGUAAAUAUCACUGGGAAGAUGGGAUGGUUUGCAAAGGAGGGAUGCUUGGUUCCCAGACCUUAAACGUGCGAAAGACACGACAGCCUCGCCCAUCGAUCCAGAGCCAUCUUGGGCUGAGGAUGCAGUGUGCACGCGUGCCGUCUGCUUCUUCUUGCUCGCCAGAACUGAAACUCGAGACGUUAAACGCGGUUCAAGCGGAUGACCGGUCUAUUGGAAGCCCUACGUCGGCAUGUUCGCAGGAUAUCCGUCAGAGUUUAAGGCUGCCGUCGCCCACCUCUGUUUAUCCUCUCGACCGCCUUCAAAAUAGAUCAUGCACUCUUUGCCCACACGUGGUCGUGACAGCAGAAGUCAAUACUCUCCAAGACUGCCAGAGAACGAUAUGGGCAGCCAUAGAGGUUUCGGGAAGACUCUCUACACUCUCCUCCAAAGUGGCAGCCUGCGACCGAACCGGAGUGGUGACGGGGACAUUUAUCGAGCAUGAACUGGGUAGGUGUGUGCUUUCAAUUCAUGUCAGAGUAGCUUGAUUGCCUAAUCAAUUGCUUGAUAGACCGUUUCUUUGAGUUUGGUUGUUUAUACGACCUGUCUGUUGAGGUGUUGCCCGCUGCCCAGACGACUGUGGUUCAGGUUUUGCGCGAACAGAUUUUCCCAACGUAAGUUUUCUUUUCCGAUGGGCAACUUGAACCGAUAGUAACAGUCCAAGUACGAUUUAUGCUGGAUCCAGCAUCCUGCUGUUAGCUGAGAUUCGGAUCGACGCGGAUCAGAAGUGUCUGCAGAGACCAGUCCAGGGACACGUUCGGCAGAAGUCUGAAGAGUUGAUCGAGGACCUCGAAAUCCAGCUGGGGAGCUCACAAUUUAAUUACAUGCACGUCAAGGUGUCGUAUGCGCACUCGGUCUUCCCAGAGUCUGCUUGCGAUGGAAGCGAGACUGGCAUAUCUAGCAUGCACAGUCGAUUGGAGACAGUGGCCACAGCUAGUCUGAAGCGUCAAAUGGUCUCGUCUCCGUGGUCACCAAGGCCUGCACCUUCGUCCAAUCCCUUAUUCCAGCUGGUCAAGAGGCACUGGGGUGGCAGCAAAGCAAGCGAAGCAAUGGGGAAAAUGCUAGCUACAAGGUCAUGCCCAAGAAAGGCCGCCAGAUCCAGUUCGCCCUUGUCCUUGGAAAGGAUCAUGCCUUCCAAAGCUGGCUUACCCUCGGCUGA